AUGGCCAUUUGCAAGGGGUCCGGAUUGUACAAGGCUUUUGGCAAGAAGGGCGAUUUCAUUGAUGCGCUCAAGAGCGGAGCUCGCUGGUUCGACCUCUGGAAAACGAAGGUUUGCCAGACCGUCCUGGUUGCCACUAUGCACGCAGAGUGCUCUGUGGUUCGAAUUUUGUGCAUUGAGGGCGGCCCCAAUUGCGAUGAAGAGUACAAGAGUAUUCCAGAUCUGAAAAAGGCCGUGAAAGAUGACAUGAAGAAACAGAAUGGCCGAGAGGUGGAGGUGGUAUGCGAGUGGAUGACAAUGGAGCUCUUUGAAAGAAACUUCGGUAGCCAAGCGAAGGAUGACAUUCCAGCGCAAGUGGCAGCCGACGCGCAAGUCGAAGCCGAUGAAGCCGCGGCUGCGAAAUACACCGACAUCGCCGGCGCGGCGCUCAACGGCGACCUCCCGGCCGUCCGGGGCCACCUGCGCCGCGACCGCGGCAGCCUCGACCGACUGGAUUCGUCGGACCGGUCAGCGCUGCACUGGGCAGCAGUCAACGACCACCCGGCGGUCGUGGCGUUCCUCGUGGCGAAGGGCGCCGCCGUGGACGUCCUCGGCGGCCUCGGUCGGACUCCGCUGCAUCUUGCAGCAUGGAGCGGCCACGUGGCGUGCGCCCAGCUGCUGCUGGCAGCGAAGGCCUCAGUGGACAGCAAGAACAACUUAGGCCAAACGCCUUUGGAUCUCGCAAGAGAGGAGGAUGAAACAGAAAUGGUGAGCUUGCUGAUGGGCAAGGCAUGA